AUGAAGUUCGACGCCACUAUCGCCGCUCUCAUCCUCGCCGCUACCGCUUCGGCUCUUCCUGUCGAUGUGGGCAGCCAGCAGGUCAAAGAAAAGCGCCAAUUGCCCAAUAGCGCUUACCCCGCUAAUGGCGUUUAUCCCAAUAACGCUUAUCCCAAUAGCGGCGCCGCUUACCCAAAUAGCGCCUAUCCCAACAGUAAUGGUGCCUACCCAAAUGCCGUCUAUCCCAACAAUAACGGCGCCUAUCAGAACAACCAAAAUCCGAACAGCGCAUAUCCAAAUAACAACGGGGCUUAUCCUAACAAUAACGGCGUUCCUGGCAGUAGCGGACUCGCGCCUCCUGCUAAACCAUCUAAGCAGAAGCGUCAAUUGCCCAAUGGCUACUAUAAUAACGCCAAUCCCGCCAAUACCGUAUACCCUAAUGGAAAUGGUGCUUAUCCAAACAGCGCCUACCCUAAUGGUGAUAAUGCUUAUCUUAACAGCAAUGCCGCGUACCCCAAAGCUGCAUAUCCAAAUAGCGGAUAUCCCAACGGCAAUAGCGUUCCCGGUAGCAGUGGGCUCGCACCUCCUGCUAAGCCCUCUAAGCAGAAACGCCAGUAUAGUUACACAAACAAUGUCUAUCCCAACACCAACGGCGCAUAUCCGGGCAUAGUCUCGAACCCGGUUCCAAACAGUGCCUAUCCCAACAGUGCUUACCCGAAUAGUGCUAACCCUAAUACCGCCUAUCCAAACGCCGCCUACCCCAAUGCCGGCUAUCCUGGCAACAGCUCUCCAUCUACCCCUGGUAGUAGCGGGCUCGCGCCUCCCGCUAAGCCCCCUAAGCAGAAGCGCCAAUUGCCCAGCGGUUCUUAUUAUAACGGUGUCAACGCGUACCCCAGUAAUAACGGUGCCUACCCAAACAAUAUCUAUCCAAAUAACGCCAACCCCAGUAACGCCAACCCCAAUACCGCCUAUCCCAAUACCGCCUAUCCCAAUACCGCCUAUCCUAAUACCGCCUACCCUGGCAACAGCACCCCAUCCUCGCCUAAUGGCAGCGGACUUGCCCCUCCCGCCAAGCCAUCCAAAUAA